AUAUCGAUAUCGCAGCCCCACCCACUAAACUAAUACAAGAUGGCUACCAUUAGACAAUUGCUUUCAAUUGGCUCCAGAUUUACUCCUUCACGUAUCUCUAGUAUAACCACCACCCGCCAUUAUAUUUCAUCAAUAAAAAGGAUUGAAGAUAAAAGGAAUCAAGCUCAUUUAGGAGGAGGAGAAGAAAGAAUUAACAAACAACACAAAGGAGGUAAACUGACAGGGAGAGAGAGGGUCCAGUUAUUAUUAGACGAUGAUUCAUUCAUUGAAUAUGAUUCAUUUGUUGAACACACUUGCACUGACUUUGAUAUGAAUACUCCUAAAAAUAAGAUACCUGGUGACGGUGUGAUAACCGGUCAAGGAUUAAUUAAUGGACGUCCUGUCUUUGUAUUUAGUCAAGAUUUCACAGUAUUUGGUGGUAGUCUAUCAAGUAUGCAUGCUCGUAAGAUAUGUAAGAUAAUGGAUAAAGCAGUAUCAGUAGGUGCUCCCAUUAUUGGUCUCAAUGACUCCGGAGGGGCCAGGAUACAAGAAGGAGUGGACUCACUAGCUGGAUACGCUGAUAUAUUCCUACGUAAUGUGAUGUCCUCAGGAGUAGUCCCACAGAUAUCAUUAAUAAUGGGACCGUGUGCAGGAGGUGCAGUAUAUUCUCCUGCUAUUACUGAUUUCACAUUCAUGGUUAAGGAUACCUCAUACAUGUUUGUUACUGGCCCCAAAGUAGUCGAAGAAGUGACUAACGAGGUUGUUUCGGAUCAAGAACUGGGUGGGGCUUUGACACACACUAAGAAAUCUGGUGUGGCCCAUGGAGCAUUUGAGAAUGACAUUGACGCACUAUCACAGUUGAGAGAGUUGAUAGAUUACCUUCCAUUAAGUAAUAAAGAUCCAGUACCAAUUAGACACACUGGCGAUAAAAUUGACCGUGAUCUCACUGCUCUUAAUUACAUCAUUCCUCCUUCAUCUGACACUCCCUAUGAUAUGUCUGACAUCAUCAAAGCUGUUGUGGACGAGGAAGAGUUCUUCCAAAUAAUGCCCGACUACGCUAGGAAUAUAAUAGUGGGAUUCGCCAGGUUGAACGGACAGACAGUGGGUGUGGUCGCUAACCAGCCCAAUCAAAAAGCAGGUUGUUUGGAUAUUAAUGCAUCAGUUAAAGGUGCUCGGUUUGUUAGGUUCUGUGAUGCUUUUCGUAUUCCACUGAUAACCUUCGUUGAUGUACCGGGAUUUCUACCAGGUAACCAUGACUGUAGCU